UUGCACGACCAGGAAGCCAGCAGUGACAUCACUUUCCAGAAAUUCCCUUCAUCAAAGAGAGAGCCAGAGCGACGAAGACAGAAAAAUAAGAAAAGCAAGGAGUUUGCUGCUGUCUGAGAUUCCGGAUUAAGCUGAUUUUACAACCAAGACAUUAAGGAUGUCCCUGUAUCCAUCCCUCGAGGACCUCAAGGUCGACAAGGUUAUCAAGGCACAGGCCCAGUUUGCCCAGACUGCCGCCCCCAUGCCAGCCAUCACUGAGGGAACCUAUCAGCCUCAACCUGCCACUGCUGGGAUGCCAGGAUCAAGCUUGUACCCGAACCUGGAGGAGCUGGGAGACUACAUGGGUCUGGCCCUCAACAGUGAUGAAGUCCAGAGGAACCUGGCCUUGAUGCCUGCGGCUGACAAUCAAGUGGCAGUGCCCUUCAGUGCAGGUGUUGGGGGGAUGGUGCGGCCGGUGACGGGGGCAGACGUCGGCAUCAGGAGGGCAGAGAUCCGCCCAGGGCUGCGGGAGGUCAUCCUCUGUAAGGACCAGGACGGGAAGGUGGGACUCCGGCUCAGGGCCAUCGACAACGGAGUGUUUGUCCAGCUGGUGCAGGCUAACUCCCCUGCGGCCCUGGCCGGGCUGCGUUUUGGAGACCAGGUCCUUCAAAUAAACGGGCAGAACUGUGCCGGUUGGAGCGUAGACAAGGCCCACAAGGCCCUGAAGGCUGCAGCCGAGACCCGCAUUGAGCUCGUGGUCAGGGACAGACCUUUUCAGCGCACCGUCACCAUGCACAAAGACAGCUCAGGCCACGUCGGCUUUAUCUACAAGUCUGGUAAAAUCACCUCACUGGUCAAGGAUGGCUCUGCUGCCCGCAACGGCCUGCUGACUGAUCAUUACAUCUGUGAAAUCAAUGGGCAAAACGUAAUUGGACUCAAGGAUUCUCAGAUCAAGGACAUUCUGUCCACCUCUCCGACCGCCAUGACCAUCACCAUGAUGCCCAAGUUCAUCUAUGAACACAUGAUUAAGAGGAUGUCGAGCGGUCUCCUGCGGUCAUCCAUGGAUCACUCGGUCCCAGAGGUCUGAAGACCAGGAGGAGGACUGUAAACUGUCAGGAUGUCUUCAAUACAGAGAUAUCUCUCUCUCUCUCUCUCUCUCCUUACUCAUAUCUUUAUCUGUCUCUCUCUCUCUCUUUAUCUCUCUCUCUCUCUCCCUCAUACCAAAUCAGCUCCUGCGUCACAAUCAUCAUCGUCGCCAUUUCUCAUCUUUAACGUUAUCUUAAAAUGCCUUUUUUUCUAUUCUUCAGUCAUUCAGUAUAUUCUUUGCCUUUUCUACAUUUUCAUCAUCUCUGUUGACAUGUCUAGUACUUUUUAUGUUAACCUCAUAGUCUAAGUAUUACAUGUUUUGUUUUCUUGUUUUGUGUUUGAGAUCAAGGACAGUACAAAAUGUUUUUUUUUUUUAAGCCAUGCACACAUCAUGAGUCCAGAGCUUCCUCCUUAUUGUGGAGAUGAAUCAUUGGCACAUGACGUUUCAUCUUGUCAGAAUGCUGUAAAAGCCGAUGGUCAGUCAUCAGAGCCCUAUCACGUAGAUCACGGCUGUGCUCCCAGCCCCUGCACUUGGCCCUAAUGUGUGUACGUAAAUAAUCUGAGCUGAAUAAACACCUGGGGCCUCAUGUGAAAAAGUUUGCUGACUUGAUUCUAGAUUUAUUUUGUCAUUUUUACUGCCAGUAAAACUAAUAGGUUUUAGCAAAGAAGUUGUUUUUAGUUUAUACCAUAUAUUGGUGAAAAUUUGUGUUGUUUUUUGUGGAUACCCAACAUUUAUGGUCCCUGGAUUCUAACAUAUAAGUGAGACUUACUCCAAGGCAGUUUCCAUCUUCUGCAAGAGAUGGCGCUGUAUCAUUGUACCACAUUUCCUGUCUCUGCAGGCAAACGUCAUGGUGAGACUGAUGUGUUGAAUUUCUAGGUACUGGGAACACUGUGCACAUUCCAGGGGAAAGUGUAGGGAAAGGGGCAGCAGUAGGUGUUUGUUGCCCUAUGCAGCUGGGACUUAACCCUGUCCACAAACACCAUAAGAGGGUUAGACGAUGAAAGGCACAAGUAAGCAAGAUCACAGUGCAGUGUGUGAUUAGCUAUCUGGAGGGCAGUUGAAAAGUGUUUGUUGGAUAUGGUCUAAUUUUUGAGGAAUUGUUGGUAUUUUUUUGGACAGGGUCUGUGCUGUGCAGACCCACUAAGUGCACUUUCCACUUCCUUUUAAGAGGUUGUCUUUCCUGUAUCCAUUUCAACAGUUAAAUUCAACAGUUGUGCUUUUUUAUUAUUGUGUCUGUGGUGCCUCAUGUUAUUGAGAGAACUCAUGAAAACACAUGUGUAUGUUAACUAUAGGAAACUGCUCAAAUUUGGCGCUGAAAAUCGUCCGCUCAAAUUGAAAGCAUUUAAAUUCCACAUCAUGGAUUUAGCCAAUGAACUUGCUCUCCUCUGCAAAAGUGUUGUUAGAGGACGUCCCUCUGUAAUAUUCCUGCCUUGAUUGAUGACCACAGUGAGACUGAGCAGAGCUCACAGUUGUGAAUUUCUACUUGUUAUAUAAAGUUGCUCCUUUUAAUGCUGUUCAUGUUUGGAUGCAUGUAUUCCUUUACUUUUCUAGGUAUGCAAUCUGAUAAACAUCCCUGUCAUUCUGUAAGAAAAUUAGAAAGAUCUAAAAGUUUAUAUAAGAAUGUAACCAAGAUAAUAUUGUAAAACAAAUAAACAGUCUUUCUGUUCACAUUA